AUGGAGCCGGGGCGCCAGACGCUGCCGCUGGAGAACGCCUCCAUCCUCUCCGAGGGCGCCCUGCAGGACGGGCACCGCCUCUGGAUCGGCAACCUCGACCCCAAGAUCACCGAAUACCACCUUCUCAAACUCCUUCAGAAGUUUGGCAAAGUAAAGCAAUUUGACUUUCUCUUUCACAAGUCUGGUGCUCUGGAGGGGCAGCCGAGGGGUUACUGUUUUGUAAACUUUGAAACCAAACAGGAAGCAGAAAAGGCGAUCCAGUGUCUCAAUGGGAAGCUGGCCCUUUCCAAGAAAUUGGUGGUGCGGUGGGCACAUGCACAAGUCAAGAGAUAUGAUCACAAUAAAAAUGAGAAGAUCCUUCCAAUCAGUCUGGAGCCAUCUUCCAGCACGGAGCCGCCCCAGUCUAACCUAAGUGUCAGUGCAAAAAUAAAGGCCAUUGAAGCCAAGCUGAAAAUGAUGGCAGAAAAUCCAGAUGCGGAAUACCCUGCAGCACCUGUUUAUUCUUACUUCAAACCACCGGAUAAGAAAAGGACUACUCCUUAUUCCAGAGCUGCCUGGAAAUCUAGAAGAUGAUGCUUAUGAAUGGAUAAUGGUAGCAAGAAACACUGCUUUGUAUACCUGGAGUCCUCCGAUGCUUUUGUACUUUGUAGAGUGAGAAGGAUACUGCCACCUGAGCACAACACCACUGUACGUGGCACAGUGUUUUGUAACAGCUUAGGUGGUCUGCUGAAUACUCCUUACUGCCAGCGCAGCUUCACAGCUGAACGCUGUUCAGAAAAGUAGGUUCCCUUCAAAGCCUCUGAUGAACACGCAGACAACCUCUCGUUAGUGUGCAUUCAUUAGCAAGAUUAGAAACAGUAACCAGUGUGUGGAGUAAAGCACAUCCAAAAAUACUCCAUUUAACUGAUUACUUUUUAAAGUAUUUUUGAACAAAAAGUAUUCCGAUUUGUGUUUUUAAUGGAGGGGAAGCACUUGGUUUUGAUUAACAUUCUGUAGUUACCAUGGAAAACUUUUUCAUCUCAAUAAAACUCAUUUUAAAUAGA